GGCCCGGCGAGGCGGACCGGCACGGGGGGGGCCCCGCUCGCCCCGACGGCCGGGCCCCGCCGGCCAUAAAGCCCAUGGGGAGCCGCCGGCGGCCGCGCUGAGCCAGGCCAGGGCGCCCCCGGGUGCCCCCUCCCGAGCAAGAUGACAUCGGCCACGAAGGUGUACUACAGCCAGACCACGCAGACCGACAGCCGCCCCCUCAUCGGCUCAGGCCUGCGCAAGCGGCGGGUGAUGACCAAGGAUGGCCGGAGCAACGUGCGGAUGGAGCACAUUGCUGACAAGCGCUUCCUGUACCUCAAGGACCUGUGGACGACCUUCAUCGACAUGCAGUGGCGGUACAAGCUGGUGCUCUUCUCCGCCACGUUUGCCGGCACCUGGUUUGCCUUUGGCGUCAUCUGGUACCUGGUGGCCGUGAUGCACGGGGACCUGCUCGAGUUCGACCCGCCGGCCAACCACACGCCGUGCGUCAUGCAGGUGCACACGCUCACCGGGGCCUUCCUCUUCUCCCUCGAAUCCCAGACCACCAUCGGCUACGGCUUCCGCUACAUCAGCGAGGAGUGUCCGCUCGCGAUCGUCCUGCUCAUCACCCAGCUGGUCCUCACCACCAUCAUGGAGAUCUUCAUCACCGGCACCUUCCUGGCCAAGAUCGCCCGGCCCAAGAAGCGAGCGGAGACCAUCAAGUUCAGCCAAAACGCCGUGGUGGCCCAGCACAACGGCAAGACCUGCCUCAUGAUCCGCGUGGCCAACAUGCGCAAGAGCCUCCUCAUCGGCUGCCAGGUGACAGGCAAACUCCUGCAGACCCACCUCACCAAGGAGGGCGAGAGCGUCCGGCUCAACCAGGUCAACGUGGACUUCCAGGUGGACACGUCCUCCGACAGCCCCUUCCUCAUCCUGCCCCUCACCUUCUACCACGUGGUGGACGACGCCAGCCCCUUCCGGGACGUGGCCCUGCGGACGGGCGAAGGCGACUUCGAGCUGGUGGUGAUCCUCAGCGGCACCGUGGAGUCCACCAGCGCCACGUGCCAGGUGCGCACGUCCUACCUGCCCGAGGAGAUCCUCUGGGGCUACGAGUUCACGCCGGCCAUCUCCCUCUCGGCCAGCGGCAAGUACGUGGCCGACUUCAGCCUCUUCGACCAGGUGGUGAAGGUGUCGGCGCCCUGCUGCCUCCACGAGACCGUCCGGUUCGGGGACCCCGAGAAGGUCAAGCUGGAGGAAUCCUUCCGGGAGGCGGAGGAGCGGGAGGGAGCCCCGCUGAGCGUCCGCAUCAGCAACGUCUGAGCCGCCGGCGCCCGCGGAUGCCGCCGGCUCUUCCCCCCGUCCCGGCUCGCACCGUCCUCUCGGGCCUCCCCCCUUCCUCCUCGCACGGGGCAGCUCCCUCGGGACCCCCCGCCCGGGGCUGCUGGUGAGCCCCAUGGCCACUCGCUCGCCGGUGGGACGGUGUCCCCCACCCCAGCCCAGCCGGGGACGUUGUCCCUGUCCUCGUCCCCCCCACCUAAUGCUCUGCUGGUGCCACCUAGAAAGAUCUCCAGCCCCGGCCGUGGCCUCGGGGACAGCACGGUGCUGCGCUUCAGAGGACGGUGGGCACGAUCCUGCCGGGAGAUGCCGGGCCCUGGGGGGACGUGGACACCUCCGGCCCUUGGGGACAUCCGUGGCCACGGUUUCCGGCCGCUGGUCUCUGCCGACUCAGAGCCGCCUCGUUCCCUGGAGGAAGGUCCAGGAUCCCGGCAUGCUCCGGCCAGGGCUGAGCCGGGGGGUGCCGAGACCUGACCCGCUCGCUGCACACAUGGGGCCGGGCAGAGCAAUGGGGGGACGGCCACCGAAAACAGGACACAGCCCCACGUCCCCAUGGGGGGGGGGGGACGGGACCCCGGGCCCGUGGCCCCGCCGGAGCCACCGCAGCCCCGAGCAACCCCGCUGCCGCUAACGUAGAGCCUCUGCCUAACACCGCGUCCUUCCCAGGGAGCCACCGCCGCUCGGGGCUUGGGCUGUAGGGCUGUUAAUCCCGCGCUGCACUGAGUCCACGUUACACAUACAUAUAUAUAUAUAUAUAGUUCCACUAAUAUAUAUAUACACACACAUAUAUAUAUAUAUAAAUUGGGAGGAAACGUUUGACCCGCUGGAAAGACUUGCUCACUGAACGCCCUGCUUCUGGCAGGGGCACGUCGUUUUUUUCCUGCAUUUUGGGGGGGAAAUUACUAAAUAAAAGUUAUAUCCGCGGUUGGGAA